AUGGACAAGCUGUCCGUAGGAACUUCCGGUGGUACGGAGGAACUUCCGGUGUGUUACUCCAGUGUGAUGGAGGGUACGAGACCAGAUUCACCUAAACCCAGCUGUGUCUCCAUGAAGAGCGACCGGUCAAUGGAUCCUCCACUUCACUUUAAAGGUGGAGGAUGUUCUACUGAUCUGAGAACACAAAAGAAGAAAUUAAAUGUUACUUAUCAGUUGGAAUCCAUAUUUAAGGAACUGGAGCUCAAAGUCAUCAGCAUGUUAAAGAAUGAGCUAAACAAGUUCAAAAAGCUACUGAAUGAAGAUUACCCAGCAUGCUCUGAGCAGGAGGUAAAGGAUGUGGAAGAUCUAAGUAGUUUCAGAGAGGGGGCGCUAAAGAUCACACUGGAUGUUCUGAAGAUCAUGAACCAGACAGACCUCGCUAACACCCUGCAGAGGAAACUAUUAGUCUCUGUAUAUCAGAAAAAACUCAAAUCCAAUCUGAGAGAGAAAUGUAAAAGAAUCAGUGAAGGAAUCUCCCAGCAUGGAAGCUCAGCACUUCUGAAUAAGAUCUUCACAGAGCUCUACAUCACAGAGGGUUGGAGUGAAGGCGUCAAUGAUGAACAUGAGGUCAGACAGAUUGAAACGGCAUCCAGGAGACCAGCAGUACAGGAGAUUCCCAUCAAAUGCAACGACCUCUUUAAAGACACGUCCAUCAGAACUGUGCUGACUAAAGGAAUCGCUGGAAUUGGAAAAACAGUCUCAGUGCAGAAGUUCAUUCUGGACUGGGCUGAAGGAAAAGCCAAUCAGGACGUUGUCUUCAUAUUUCCACUUCCUUUUAGAGAGCUGAACUUGAUGAAGCAGGACAAUCUCAGUCUGAUGGAACUUCUUCAUCAGUUUUUCCCAGAAGUGAAAGGUCUGCCAUCAUUAGACUGUGAUGCUUAUAAAGUUUUGUUCAUCUUUGAUGGUCUGGAUGAGUGUCGACUUCCUCUAGAUUUUCAAAAUAAUGAGCGAUUGUGUAACAUAACAAAGUCAGUAAAAAUGGAUGUGCUGCUGACAAACCUCAUCAAGGGGAACCUGCUUCCCUCUGCUCACCUCUGGAUCACCACUCGACCAGGAGCAGCCAAUCAGAUCCCUCCUGAGUGUGUAGCCCAGGUAACAGAGGUACGAGGGUUCAGUAAUCCUCAGAAAGAGGAGUACUUCAAGAAGAGGAUCAGUGAUGAGAACCUGGCCAGAAAAAUCAUCACUCACAUGAAGUCAUCAAGAAGCCUUUACAUCAUGUGUCACAUUCCAGUCUUCUGCUGGAUCUCAGCCUCUGUUCUAGAGAGAAUUCUGGGUGGAGCCGAGGGGAAAGAGAUCCCCAAAACUCUGACUCAAAUGUUCACUUACUUUCUGAUCUUUCAGAUAAAACACAAGGAACAAAAGUACCAUGGGAAAUCUGACCCUGAUCCACACCAGACCAGUGAGAUGAUACUGUCACUGGGAAAACUGGCCUUCCAACAGAUGGAUAAAAGAAACCUGAUCUUCUAUAAAGAAGAUCUGACAGAAUGUGGCAUCAAUGUUAAAAACACAUCAGUGUACUUAGGAGUCUGUACCCAGAUCUUCAAAAAAGAGGCUGGUCUGCACCUGGGUCAGGUCUUCAGCUUUGUGCACCUGAGUGUUCAGGAGUUUCUGGCUGCUUUAUAUGUGUUUCUCACCUUCAUCAACAAAAACAGAAAUGUGCUGGUGAUACAAAACACUGGACUAUUUAACAUCUUUAGAAGCUAUACAAACAUGUCUGACUUUCUGAAGAGUGCAGUGGACAAGGCCUUACAGAGUAAGAAUGGACACCUGGAUCUUUUCCUCCGCUUCCUCCUGGGUCUCUCACUGGAGUCCAAUCAGACUCUCUUACGAGGCCUACUGACACAAACAGGAAGUAGCUCUUACAACAAAGAGGAAACAGUCAGGUACAUCAAGAAGAAGAUCAGUGAGAAUCCCUCUCCAGAGAAAUCCAUCAAUCUGUUCCACUGUCUGAAUGAACUGAACGAUGAUUCUCUAGUGCAGGAAGUCCAACAAUACCUGAACAGAGAAGGUUCUCUUCAUCACGAUAGACACCGUCUGUCUCCUGCUCAGUGGUCGGCUCUGGUGUUUGUGUUGCUGAACUCAGAUCAGAAGCUGGAUGAGUUUUAUUUGAGGAAAUAUUAUCCAUCACAUGAAGGUCUUCUGAAGCUCCUGCCAGUGGUGAAAGAAUCAAGAAAAGCUGAGUUGUGGGAUUGUUCUCUAACAGAGGAAAGUUGUGAAGUUCUGUCCUCAGUUCUCAGUUUAAACUCCUCCAGUCUGAAACAUCUGAACCUGAGUAACAAUGAACUGAAGGAUUCAGGAGUGAAGCUGCUCUCUGCUGGACUGGAGAAUCAACACUGUACACUGGAGAUACUGUGGUUGUGGAAUUGUUCUCUAACAGAGGAAAGUUGUGAAGUUCUGUCCUCAGUUCUCAGUUUAAACUCCUCCAGUCUGAAACAUCUGAACCUGAAUAACAAUAAACUGAAGGAUUCAGGAGUGAAGCUGCUCUCUGCUGGACUGGAGAAUCCACACUGUACACUGGAGAUACUGGAGUUGGAUGGUUGUUCUCUAACAGAGGAAAGUUGUGAAGUUCUGUCCUCAGUUCUCAGUUUAAACUCCUCCAGUCUGAAACAUCUGAUCCUGAGUUACAAUGAACUGAAGGAUUCAGGAGUGAAGCUGCUCUCUGCUGGACUGGAGAAUCCACACUGUACACUGGAGAUACUGGAGUUGUGGAGCUGCAGGAUUACAGAUAAAGGUUUUACUGCUCUGGCUUCAGCUCUGAAAUCAAAUCCAUCAUCACGUCUGAGAGAACUGAAACUGACCUACAAUAAUCCAGGAGAAUCAGGAGUAAAACUGCUCAAAGAUCUAGAGGUGGAUCCACAAUGUAACCUGAAGAAACUACAAAAUUUGGAGUAAUGCAAUGGCAAACACAUAAACCCACCCGCUUUGGGGGAAUGUUUUCAGGGGAAACUGAGAACAAAGACUGUGAGGGGAAACACUGAGCAGCUCCAGUUUCAUGAGGAAAAGAGGAAAUUAUAACAAAAGCUUCUCCACCAGAAGAGCAGAACUACACCAGAUCAACUAAGAGAAGAAACCAUUUAUUUGUUGAUGCAUGCUCAAUAAUCCAGAGAGAGAAACUUGAAGCGAGAGAAGAGAGAAGGAAGACCUGUGCACAGGUGUUGUGCUUUAGACCUGAUUGACGGCUCACUGUUGACCCCUAGUGGCCGGAGUCUUACUAGCCCCAGGACCGACCCGCACAUAAAGAUGAGUUACUUCCUCCAAUUCUGUAUGUAAAUCAAAAAUCACACACACGCACGCACGCACGCACGCACGCACACACACACAUCUGGAAUUCCAGUGACCUGAAUCAGGAUCUGAUUGCUGCAGUAUUAGUUUACUUUUAUGUAUCGUUUCUAUAUUAAUACUGUGUGUGACUGGAGAUGUAGUGUUAGGAAUGAUGUUAUACAACCCCAAUUCCAAUGAAGUUGGGACGUUGUGUAAAACAUAAAUAAAAACAGAAUACGAUGAUUUGCAAA